CCCGACUCGGGCAGCUGGAAUGGAGCAGAAGCGGACCGGGCUCCGGAGGGCACGCAGCUGACGGAGCCGCGCCGCGUUCGCCUCGCCUCGCCGCCUGCCACCGGAGCCUCCCGGGCCGAGCGUGCCCAGCCGUGCGCGCCUCCCGGUGCCACCGCAGCCCGCCAGGCAGAGUAGGAGCCGCCUGCGUCCGGUGCGCUCGGUCAGUCCCGGCAAACUCCCCGCCGCCCGCUCCGGGCUCGGCACCAAGCACCAGGGUACCAUGGUCUGCAAGACUCUCUUCGCUCUUUGCAUCUUCACGGCAGGAUGGAGGGUACAGAGUGUGCCUACGUCGGCCCCCUUGCCUAUUUCUCUUCCAGCAAAAAUUACCACACCAACCACCAUCUGGACUGGCUCUCCACAAAACACUGCCACAGUCACUGCCUCCCCAUCCAACGGCACUCACAGCACCUCGCUACUCCCAGUUACAGCAGCAGCCCCAACAUCUCCGCUCCCCAAGAACAUUUCCAUAGAGCCCAGGGAUGAGGCGACCACCAACCCAGCUCCGAAUUGGGAAGGCACAAACACAGAUCCCUCACCUCCUGGGUUUGCAUCAACAAGCGCUGGAGUCCACUUAGCACCCAUGCCCAAGGAACCCAUGCCCAAGGAAUACAGCUCGGGCACUCCUGAAGCAAGCAUGCCAGCUACAGGGUCGCAGUCCCCCACUGAGUCUCCCACACUCAUCUCCCCUCAAGCUCCAGCUUCAUCACCCUCAUCCCUCUCGACCUCACCACCUGAGGUUUCUUCUGCCUCCAUCACCACCGACCACAGCUCCACUGUGGCCAGCACGCAGCCCACAGGAGCUCCAACCACACCAGAGUCCCCAACAGAGAAGCACAGCUCUGGCCACCGACCCACUUCACAUGCCACAGCCAAGCCAGUGCCCAAGGAGAAAACUCCUGUGCCAACCAAAGGGACCUGUGAGCCGAUAGACACCGAGACCACCACCACCCUCCCCAGGGUGAUUAUGCAGGAAGUGGAACAUGCAUUAAGUUCAGCCAGAAGCCAAGGACAAGGGACGCCGCCCAUGGAUAUAGUCUAUACAGGCAGCAUUGCCGCCAUCACGGUGACAGUCAUUGCCGUGGUAUUGCUGGUGUUUGGAGUCGCAGCAUACCUGAAGAUCAGGCACUCCUCCUAUGGAAGGCUUUUGGAUGACCACGACUACGGGUCCUGGGGAAACUACAACAACCCUCUCUACGAUGACUCCUAACAAAGGAAUGUGUCCUGGGAUGAGGAAUAACUGUUCUUUAUUUAUAAGUGCUUAUCCAGUAGAAUUAAUAACAAGUACCUGAUGCACAUUGAAUGACAAUCUUAAACCCUGUUUUGUUGGUAUGGUUGUUUUUUUUUUUCCUCCCUCCCCUCCAGCUGCUACAAAUUCCCAUUUCUGGUAUGAAAAGAACCAUUAUUUAAAGAUGAGUGGAGGCUGAUUUGCAGCUGAAAUGGGUCAACCUUACAUCAGCCAGGCCAGACCACCAUGGUGAAGGAUCUGCCCCCAUCACUGGACCCACUUUGAGAAGAACUGAGCAAGAGAGAUUGGAUUUUGUUGGGAGUUACUUUUAGGGGAACUUUUUGUUUGUGGUAGUUCUUAAACUUUCUAUUUAGGAAAUUACAUUAAAUAUCAAUGAUGGGAAAGGAAAUGAGUCCUGGGACAAUUUCACCCUGCAUGUAAGGAAGCAGGGGUUUUUCAGAUGCCUUUUUAAUCUCUGCUUACCAGGUUGUAUCUGAUAGGAUGCCUGCUUGGCUCUGCAAGUGGGAGAGCAGCUUCUUAGCGGCCGAAUUAAUGAAAGAUGAAAAUAGGAAGUGCCCUGGAGGAGGCCAGCAGGUGCAAGGCACAGGGUAGCAGGUUUCUCCGCAUUUCCUCUACCUGUUCUCCCCUGCAGCUGGGAUCCCCGCCCACAAGCUUUAGGCACUAUUGCCAUUCCAAAGGAGAAGGCUAUGAGCUGAGCUUAGUUAUAGAGGAGAAAGGGAGAGGCAUGCUGAGUGAGCGCACAGUGGGGGAGUGGAGGAGGGCAGGAGGGAAAGAAGGACACUACCAUGCACUGAGCACCUCAUUAGGGCAAGGGGGACCCAGCUCUCAAUAACUGCCAGAGACAUCCACUGCUUGGAGGAGCCCAGAAAAUCCCUGCUUUUUACCCAUGAAGCAACUGGUUCACUGCCUUACUGUCUCUUGGAUAACGGCUGUAAACUGUUAAAGAGAGAGAGAGAGAGAGAGAGAGAGAGAGACUCUAGUCUGUCUGCAAUUGCUUAGUGAGGCAUUUCCAUAGGGAACAGACAUGAUUAAUCUGUUUAUUCUUCCCAUGCAUUUACCUUACUAAUUCUUCCCUUUAAUAAAUGAACACUCCUGGGUAUAUAGUCUUAAAAUCCUGCACAACAAAUUUUGAGAAAGAACUGUUCAUCCUUGUAAGCAUUGAUUUAUUUGCAGACAUUUUCAACCAGGAGGUGAUUCUGCCCCCUCCCUACCCCGGAAAUCUGAAAAUGUCUGGUGACAUUUUUGAUUGUCAUGACUUGGGGAUGCUACUAGUGGGCAGAGGCCAGGGAUGCUUCUAAAUAUCCUACCUGUCCACGCACAGGACAACACACCACAACAAAGAAUCAUCUGACCCAAAAUGUCAAUAGUGCUGGGACUGAGAAACCCAGAUUGGUUGCAAUGCCCACUGUGCCAGAACAAAACACUCACUUUUUUAUUUUUAACAAAAUGAAAUGUGUUAAAUUUUUAGCUCCAGAGUGUUUCCUUUGUUAGCUGAUGGGUUGGUUUUUGGCAUGCAUGGUCGCCUUUUUAUUUCUAUGUGUUUUCUAGAGAGCUAGCUUUAUUUCACGGCUACAACUCUGUCCUCCUAUAACAUCUGAUAUCAGCAACUAGCAUCUUAUAUCCCGAUUUCAUGUGGUAGAAAACAUACAUUGGGGCCUGUUUGAGAAUGUGUUAUAUUAUCCUAUAACAAUGUCAUAAAGAACUUGAAACUGUAUUAAUUUUUAUUUCUAACCUUGGUCCUUGCUGCCAUGACUCUGUUUAGUUUAGAGAAAUGACCCUGGGCUCAUCCUUUUGCUCACUGUGGCCCAGCAAAGUACUGACAUGAAAACCACCCCUGCCAUGCUUUUUCUCACCCCUCUGGUGGUUAGUGACACCAGUGCCACUUUCCACAGCCUGCCACCCCACACUCUGAAAGAAAAUUAUCCCUAAACUCUUUAGGUACCAAAGGAGAAUGAGCAAGCCCCAAAGGUAUUUUCCAACCAGGAUGGGUAGUGAGGAGUGGGCUGCCAGGAACUAUAAUAUCUCUGAAUAUGAAAAACAAAAGACAAAAAAAAAGUGGACCUUCUCAGGAAAAUGGCAAAGAGUAGCCUACAGUGCCCCCUGACAGUGUUUGGUUUCAGUAAUUGUCCUUCUUCCCCACCCUGCCCCCUUCUAGGGCUUUCAAUUUGGCAAAUGGCAAGCCAAUGACAACAGGACAUUCAUACAGUUUUUUCUUUCUCAGCUAAAAACAUUUUGACAAAAUAUCAGUAAAAACCUUUGGAGAAGUGCACUUCUGGAUGCUGCUUCUGCCAUAAAUACUGGGUCAGAGGGACCAGCCUCUUCCCAGGAACCCUGAUUUAUUAUAAAUCCUGGACACAGCAAGCAAGUUUCCUUCCAGAAGGCUGACAUUGUGCAAGAGCACGUGAUGGGUGUGUUGCUCUCGUUAACUUCCAAAUGAUUACAGCAAAGGGAAGGAUCUGGGGCUAAAGCAGAUGCAUUCAUAACAAUCCUUGUUAUGUCACUAUAAAAUACCUAAGGGUUGAACCUUAUUUUGCCAAAUGUAUUUUUUCUGCUUUUCAUUUGGUCAAAGGAUUUUAGCAGCUGUAUUCUACAAAUAUUACUUAAAAUACACACACAUCUGAAAUAUAUGCUGACAAUUGAUGUCCUUUACCUCAGGGAGAGUCUAUUCAGAUCUACCAAGGGAAAUGGCUCCAGUGGAUCUAAACAACCACAUCCCGUUUGUGGAUAGGACUCGCCAUUAUGCUUUAGAGAGAAUGUCAGAGCAGGAGGGAGGCAAGCAGCCUCUUCUCAAUCAUAGAUUGCAAGUAAUGGAAGAAUGGGGUUCAAAUUUGUUUUCUUCUCCAGAGGCCCUGGUGAAACCUCCUGCCCUCCCUGCACAUCUGUGUCUUCGUUUCUAAAAUCAGGGUGAUGCUUUCAUAUUGACCUCACCCCAGACUACCUCACAAAUGUUUUGUGAGGAUUGAUGAGAUCGUGUCUACAGUGUUUUCAGUUCCUGGAGAAAAAUAUGUAUAGACAUUUUAAGUAUUACAUAGAUAUAUAAAUGAUCUCAGUUUAUUGUUUGCUGUUAUACUGGUGUGUUAUUACUCUAUAAAUGUCAGUUGUGUCAUAGCCACGUUAGACAGCUGUUACAGCCCUGGACUACCCCCGAUGUAGCUGACUGCCUAUAGGGUUAACCGUGCCUGGGAUCACGAAUGGUGGUCUCCAUCUGCAAAUGAAAGGAUAGCCCAGGACACAGGUCUCACAGACUCUUGAGUCAGGAUCCAGGAGGUUAGGGUAACAGAAUGGAUGCCUGAGCACUAACAGCAGUAAACCUCUGCCUUUACCAUCCUGAGGGCUUCUGGAUUCCUUGUGGAGCUGAUUUUGGUUUGAUGUCAUCUGUUUGCCCUUCAUCUUGCUUGCAAGUGAGCAUGGUUCAGUCCCUUGCAUCUGGGAAAUGAAUUUUGCAACUGGGCCAGAUGCUAAUUUGCACGUUGAUUCACCUUCUUUGCCUUUAAUUUUUUUUUCAUUGUUUGGCAAAUCAACGUACCAUUUCAAGUUUGAUUUUAAAAGUACUAAUUGAUAUUGGUAAUAGUGCUACCUGAGAUCAGUGCCAGAUUUCUGUCUUGGGUGAGUUAGCUGACGUCAUUUAAAGAUGGAAAGAUGUGCAACUUCUUUGAUAUUUGAUGUCAUUGUAUCUACAUUUGUUGUAAGACAUAUUGCAUACCAAUUAUAAUUAUAUCAAUUAAAGUUGUUAAAAGCUUG